AUGGACUCAGAAUAUGAAUAUUGUUUUGAUCCCAUUUUCUGCUGGUGGGAUUACGAAAACGCUCGUCUUCCCUCAGGCUACGAUCCGGUUUGGAGUUACCUUGCCAUUAAGACUGCACUACAGAGGUUGGGAUAUCAUGGUAAAUUGAGGGUGGAAAUGGUUGCUGUCAAGGAAUAUCUUCACCUUGAUACCAUUCAACGCCUGAAGCAACCUGGUCAAGACCUAGCUGUCAAGGAAGAUCUUGACCUUGAAACCAUUCAGCGUCUAAACCAAAUUCGUGAAGACUUAGCGCAAACGAGUAUCGCUUUUAUCCCUGCCGAUCAUACCGGAUCACAAGCAAGCGAUGACAAGAUUCGUGUUAGAAUUAAGUCUUGGGCAAAGACGUGUUCAGGACCUGCUGUAGCAGUUAUUAUAGCCUCAGAUACUGGCUACACAGAACAGAUAAGGCAGCUAAGAGGCAAGGGUUUCAUCACCGAAAAAGUAUUGUUUAAGAGUGUUAAAUGCAACCCUCGUUCAAAGGUAGAGGAGGAGCUAUGGAGCUCACUAACGCUUGGUUCGCCAAUGCUCAAUGAUAUGACGGUUGAAGGUAGGAUAGCUUGGGAGUACCAAGGUUGGAAGACUCUGAUCGAAAAGACAGAUAAUAGAGCCCGGUUCAACAUAGAACAAAUCCGCGAGGUUUAUGAUGCUUUCCUAUUUAACUUUCCACUGUGUAUUGACCACUGGGAAAAGUAUGCGUGUCACGAGGGACGGUUAACCAUACUGGAGAACCUGCUGAAUGUUUAUGAACGAGCAAAACACGAAGCCACAUACUCAGUGGAGCUGUGGAUGAAUUACUGCAGAUUCGCUGUGGACACAUUUGGAGAAGAUGCAAAGACUAUCAGAGUUAUUUUUUACCAAGCGUUGUCUUUCGUCGGUAAAGACUUCAAUUCUUCUGCAUUGUGGCAAGAUUUGAUUGAGUAUGAGAGGAACCUCGCCAAAUGCGAUUUUGACCGAUAUUGGCUCCCACUUAUUAAGAUUCACCUCAAGAUAUUGAAGAGUCCUCCUAUUAAAGAUCACAUUCAGUUUGCUUCCACAUUUCAAACACUAGCUUAUCAUAUGACUCAUGAGGCAUUUGAAGCAAACGCUCCUGCCUUUGAUGCUAGAGGAUUGAGCAUGGAGCAAUUCUUCUCCAGGGAAAAACAGCUGUUUCAAGGUAAGAAGGAGUUGAGGGCUACUAUAGAGCACUUUGAAAUGCAUAUUCAAAGGCUCUCUUUCGAUGUGUGCCCUCUCACUCAAGCAGAGCUGGUGCAUUGGCAUCAAUAUUUGGACUUCAUCGACAAUGAGCAAGACGUGGACAAGGUAUACAAGCUGUAUGAAAGAUGUUUAAUUGUCUGCGCAAACUACCCUGAAUACUGGAUUCGAUAUGUAUCAAGAAUGAAAGCGAGAGGAAAGAUGGACCGUGCUAACAACGCCCUUGCUCGAGCAACUCAAGUGUUUGUCAAGAGACACCCAGAAAUUCACUCUUUUGCCGCUCAAGUAAACGACCAUAACGUAAAUGAGCAGAAUGUUGUGGAUUUAGCUGAGCACUUCUUACGUCACCGGUUUCUCUCUUCAGGAUGGAACCAUGGCUACUGA